AUGCUCCGUCAUAUCCAAAAUGGAGUUGGGCGUGACCCAAUGACCACAUUUUAUGGCUUCACGAAUUCGUACAUGUUCCACGUCGCAAAGAUGGCUCGAGAGUGUUCCGAGCAUGUCGCAGGUAGUGAGUAUAAAUGGUUCGAUAAGCGUGGUCGGCGUCAUUCUACCCGUUGCUGAUCGCACUCGAGCGCACGCGAAUUCCUCAGGUUGGGUGCGGAAUCAACCACUGGACGAAGUGUUCGUCGCAAACUACCUGUCCCAACUCGACUUACUGGACCAUCUCCAACAUUCCAUUUUGGGCCUAAUCCCGCUGAGCCUGACACCGGAGGCCACCAGGGCCCGCGCCUAUUCCCAUGACGCCGAGACCAAGAGCCGCUACAUCAUGACGCUAUGCAGCCACACGCUGCGCUUCGCAUGGACCGGCCUCGUGCUUCCGCUGAGCAUUGAACUCCGACGGCGCUUGUCGCUCAUGGACGUGACGGCGAUGACGGCGGAGAAGCGACGGACGCGUGAUCGCUUGCAAGUACUCAAAGGACAUGCGCAACGUGCGCUCAUGAAAGCCGCGAGGGGGGUCGCGGCGUGCGUUGAUACACCGGCCAGCCUUGCGUACUUGACCCAUAUACAACACGAACGGAUUGACAUCUGGGCCGACGUGCUGCUUGAUUUGGCGCACGAGGAUGGCAUCAGCCGGGAAGAUAGGAUUUCGGAUCUGCAAACGGUGAGCUCACGCGAUGUCUUUCGGUGCUUGCUAUGCGCUGGCUGCUCAUAUGUUGUUUAUGCUUAACAGAUCCUCGCGGGACUAAAGAUGAUCGGAUGGUCCUGGCCCGACAAUGCCGAUCUCAUCACGUCGCUUGAGGAGCGACUGCAAACGAUGCGAAUGGAGGAUUCUCCACCCGCACGCACCGAAGUUUCCCCACCCAACAACACCCAACAAGGGAUCGAGGCCCAACCACCCGCCGUGCCCGCGCAGGAGGAUCUAGGCCUUUUCUCGCAAUACCUCGCUAUGCCUUUACCAUCAACUUCGAAUACUGCACCGAAUACGCUUGCGUUCUCUUCAGACGCAUUGAUGAGUCACGCCUUUUCAUCGAAUGAGAUGGAUGCAUCAUCGACGCACCUCUCGACGUUGCCGACCUUGAAUGUCGGAGGAAGCGCAGCGCAUUUGGACCCUGCUCAGUGGACUACGUUCGGGACCGAGUUUACUCAGAUGCUGGAUGAAGAGUCGAGGUUGAGUGCGUUGGAUUCUUCCUGGCUUUGA